CUUUUUUUUAAAAAAUCUCUUUAAUUACCAAAACAGCUUUCUAUUCCCACUGCUUUUUACAAAAGUUCCUGUAUUAAUGUCUUACAAAACAAAAGCAACGUGUAUUGUAAACUGUAUCUUCUUCUUGAGAAAGUCUAGAGUCUUGCUUUACACAUUAAAUCCUAUGGCCUACAAGUACAAAAAGAUGAUAUAAGCUACUUCACUGCAUUGGUUUACUUUCUCUGUUCUGUGUCUACCACAAAGAUUGCAGUUUACAACAAAAAAUCCCCAAACUAAAGAACCAACCAGUAUGUAGGUUGGCACUGUUGACUGUGGAGGCAGGCACCAGUCUGAUGGGGUGGGAGGAUGACUGGGAGGCGCCUGCCCUCUCAUUAACCCCCCGUUUCCUCCACACCUCUUUUGUUUACACCUACAUGCCGGUCAAGUCCAGGCAGAGGAGCAGCAGAUCCACAGACUGCACUCUGUUCUUGUUGGAGCACAAUGUGUGUUUCUGUGCUCUGCUUUAUUCUGCUGUUUGGAGUUUGUCAUGCCUCUGACGCCGCCGCUCCUCCUGCCCAGCUCGGGCCUCCGUCGCUGGGGUUCAGCUCCUCGGUCCGCUCGGUGUGCAAACCCAUCCCGAGCACCCUGUCUCUGUGCCACGGCAUCGGCUACAGGCACAUGCGGAUCCCCAACUUGCUCGGCCACGACACGCUGAGGGAGGCCCAGCAGCAGUCGGCGGCCUGGCUGCCCCUCGUCUCCAAGCUGUGCCACCGGGACACCAAGAAGUUCCUGUGCUCGCUCUUCGCUCCGGUGUGCCUGCCGGAGCUCAGCGGGCCGGUCAGCCCCUGCAAGAGCCUGUGCGAGGUCGUGCGGGACGGCUGCGUGCCCGUGAUGAGCGCGUUCGGGUUCCCCUGGCCGGAGAUGUUCAACUGCACCCGGUUCCCCCGCGGCGCCGAGCUCUGUAUCCCUGCAUCCGGAGAGCAGGAGGGGAGGACGGCCGAGGAGGUCAGGCACGAGGAGGCGCUGAAAGGGAGUGUCAUCUGUGAUGCCUGCAGUCUGGCUGCUGAAGGAGAAACUGACAUCCAGGAAAACUUCUGCCACAGUCCAUAUGCGUUUAAGAUGCGUCUGGGCAGUGUGUCGAUGGUGGGAGGGGACCGUCAGCUGGUGCCUACGGCCCGCAGCCGCAUCCUGAGGUGGGCAGGGGGAGGUGCAGAGAGGGCAGAAGGGAUUGGAGGCGCGAUGGCCCACAGCGCUUUGUGGCUGCAAGAAGGAGGCACCUGCACUUGUCCUGGCUUGGACUCUGCAGAGACAAAUGAAGACAGUGGGUUAGAGGAGGAACAGAGGGGUAAAAGACAAGCAAAAGAAGGAGGUAAGGAGGUGAAAGGGGUCCAGAGUGGAUGGUAUCUGGCCCUGGUUCAGGCUGAAGAGGGGAGGCUUGUGCUGACUAGAUUGGUGAGGUGGACCAGAGGGGACAAAGAGCUGAAGAAGUUCAUCAGAGCUCUCCUGAAACAGUCUUGUUCAGAGCCAUAGAUCGGGGGUUAUCAGCCAUCGAAGUCCUGCCCCACGGAUGCUGCUUUGUGGUUGCAUGCAGUGUGUAACUGUGUGCUGCUAAUUUCUACAUCUUUGAAUAAUGAACAGUUAACAAAUAGUUCCCAACUAACACUGAAUAAUUCACUUGAGUACCGAUUGUUAGAUACAAUGUAAAUUAACCAGAUAAGAUCGUAGUUAUCUGUAUAUCUGCAUACUUGGCACUUUCUUGAUGAAUUGAUCCUGAUUAACUCUGAAAAUGUGCUCAAUAACCAAUCAAGUCUUCCUUAUAUACAUACAUAUUAUUUUGUGUCACAUCAAGUCAAGUAGUAUUUUGAAUUACUACACCAUACUUCAAAAUUCAAGUAAAAUAGAGCGUAACUUUAGUAAAAUUACUUUCUUUUCAGUGAAUUAUUAUUAGACAGAGAACUGGUGUUUGUUUGUAUUGUGUACUGAUCAUCCAAAUAUUCAGAAUAUCUCUUGCCAGAAGUAAUGCUAUGGCAUUAUCAUAAAAGAUUGCAAACGUUUAUAUACUUCCCACUGGGGCAAUAUUAGUAUUUUUUUGUACAUUUGUGUAUAUAGGAGGGACAAAAUAUAACCCUUUAAUCAAAGUCAAAGUGUUUGAUAUUGAUUGCAGGGUUUAGACUGAUCUCAUCAAGUUUUCUUUUGACACAUAUAUGUGUUGAAGCAGUGUAAUUGUUGUUAUUCCAGUAAUGAUAAAAAUGUUUUCUUAUACUACCUAUCCUAUCAUUAUAUACACAUGAAGCAUACACCAUAAAAAAUAGCCCUGCACGUUUCAUUUUGCCUUGUUUUUUACCAUUAAAAUGUUUAUGAGUUAAAUCACAUGUUAGGAUUCACAUCAAAAGAGAAGCACUGAAAAGAAAGGAAGAAAAGGAAAUAUGUAGUCAAUAAUAAAUCCUUUAGAUCUUGUUUUGUCUCUAUUUUUGCAUUUUAUUACAUAUAUUUGUUCCUAACACAACUCUACUGUAGUUCUUUUCUUUUCAUUUGAACAAACUUUAAUAAAAAAAUGUACG